UUAGUUGUUCUUUUUUUUCUAGUUGCCAUUUGUGCCUCCAGUCUUCCUGCACAGGGACAGAGAGAGGUCUUGACUUUACAAUACGCAGCUUUGGCACUGUAAGGUUACCAAUAUGUCUGUAGAGUGGAUUGGGUUUGGCUAUGCAGCUCUGGUUGCAUCAGGAGGCAUUAUUGGUUAUGUGAAAGCAGGCAGUGUACCCUCCUUAGCUGCUGGCCUUCUGUUUGGCAGUUUAGCUGGUCUGGGUGCCUAUCAGAUGUCUCAAGAUCCAAAGAAUGUGUGGAUGUCUUUAGUUGCAUCAGGGACCUUAACUGGAGUCAUGGGAAUGAGAUUUUUUAACACUGGAAAAUUUAUGCCAGCUGGUCUCAUUGCAGGUGCAAGUGUGCUGAUGCUGGGGAGAAUCGGAAUGAAGAUGCUUCAAAAGCCCCAUCAGCCGUAAUUUAAUAUCAUAGUUUGCCUUUAGUAUAUUUUUCUGGUGUUUCCGGUACAGAUUUCAGUACAAAAUCGUGUAUUGGGUCUUUCCAAAAUUCUGUUUGCCUAACAGUAGGUUAAAUGAGUGUCUUUUCAAUGUAAUAGGGGGUGUAUAUGAAUGUAUGUACUGUAACCACUGAUCAGGCUGUGGUGAAACUGAAUUUUGUUUAAAAUAAAAAAAAAAAUAAAAGUUCA